CUUGAUGUGACAGCGUUUAGUGGUAGCAACCCCCGUCAACUCACGACUCGCGAAUCUUUCGCCACCGUCACGCCACAUCCGACUCGGAGGCUCCGAGCAUCCACAACCCUUUUUCUCCACCGUCACGCCAUCGUCACGCUACCUUCACGCCACCAUAACAAUAGAUUCAGAGGAAAAGUUUACCGGAAUAUAGUUGCGAGUGCUUACUACGUUGCUCCUGAAGUAUUAAGGCGAAGUUACGGGAAAGAAAUCGACAUUUGGAGUGCAGUCUUUGUUGCAGGUUUGUGUAAAACCCGUUUGUCAAACACACACACAACACAACAAACCAUUGUUGUUUUUAGUUAACACAACGCUGAACUUGAGAGCAGAGGGAAAAUAAAAAGAGCUUCACCGCCGUCGUCUACCAACAUUCCGCACGUGCCUAUUCGUCUCCUUGAGAAAUCAAACUCUGGUUUACAUUUUAUAUCUCUCUGUUGUCUUGGUGGAUUCAGUAACGUUUUUUGUUCCGAUUAAGUUAGUCCAGAAUGAAAGACAAAGAAAUGGACACAAGAAGCGAACUGAAGAAGAAAAUUUUCGAAAUUUUCAAAGAUUUUAUGACAGGAAUCACAAUGCUUGAGGAACUAGAGAAUGCUGCAAACACCUUUCUUCUACGGUUUCAGCAAGCACUCAGUUUUCUUCAACGACCUCCAAUGGUUACUACCUCCAAGUUGAUCGAGAACAUCAUCAAGAAGAAUGAAACAAGACGGCUUAAAUCAUAUUUAGAAGCAGGAUGUAUUAACAUUCAUGAUGCUGCAGGAAGCACAAGAGCUUUGCAUACCUCCCUAUCAGGACUUUCUGACCACCUAAUCAAAGCCAAAAGCUUGUUAAUUGAACUCGAGCGUCUCACCGAUGAAGCAGCCCUUGCGAUUGAGACUGCCACAAAGUUUUCCGUACAGCCAGAUAGAGACUCAAGUGAUGAUGAAUUGCAACAAGUAACAAGUGAUGAGGAGAACGAGACUGAACAUUUCUCUGAAGAACUUGACGUUACAGAGUACGCUACACUUAUUGCAGUAGUUUACAGUAUGAUGAAGCAGAACUAUACGAUGCAGGAAAAGAUUGUGCGAUCGCUUAGUUUGAAGUCAUCAUCAGAUGAGCUAGAGACUUAUAGUCUGAUGUGGUCAUUACGUCCGUUUGUAGAAGAUGAGAUUGUGAACAGAGCUUGGAAAUGGAUUUACUGAAAAAAAAAAAAAAAAACACUCUUCAUCCAGUUUUGUUUUUGUUUGAUAUGUGUAUUCUCUCAUUAGUUAAUGACUUCAUGUUAACCAUUCAAUUAAAAUGGGCCUAUUUGGGUCAUUUUACUAAGAGAAGCCCAUCAGAGGGAUUUUUUA